AAAAACAUAGAUUUUUAGGAUUAAAAAGUUCCAACGCGGCGGCGGAGCCAUGGUUCUCAAGACUGAGCUUUGCCGAUUCAGUGGUCAGAAGAUUUACCCAGGCAGGGGGAUCAGAUUCAUCAGAGCUGACUCUCAGGUGUUUUUGUUGGUUAACUCGAAAUGUAAGCAUUACUUUCACAAUAAGUUGAAACCGUCGAAGCUUGCAUGGACCGCCAUGUACCGUAAACAACACAAAAAGGAUGCUGCACAAGAGGCUGUGAAAAGGAGGAGACGUGCAACCAAGAAGCCGUACUCUAGGUCUAUCGUUGGCGCUACUUUGGAGGUUAUUCAGAAGAAGCGUGCAGAGAAGCCUGAAGUUCGUGAUGCAGCCAGAGAAGCUGCCCUACGUGACAUUAAGGAGAGAAUCAAGAAGACCAAGGACGAGAAGAUGGCAAAGAAGGCCGAGUUUGCUUCCAAACAACAAAAAAUUAAGGGCAAUAUCCCCAAGGCUGCCGCUCCCAAGGCUGCAAAGUUGGGUGGUGGUGGUGGUGGCAAACGUUGAAUUGUGUUGUAGACUUAAACCAAGAACAGGAGCAGACAUGACAUUCAUGUUACUUUUUGAAUCAAAGCUAUAUUUCUGGACCAGUUUGACAUCUAGUUGAGUUGGCAUUGAACAGUUUCGGCUUUGUG